AUGCCAGGGCGAGGCGGCGGGACAGGGGGGCGGGGCCGGCCCGGCCGGGCGGUCAGCUUCAGUGUUGGGGUGGACGGGCUCCCGCGGGGCCCCUGGUGCUGGGCGACAACGAGAUCCAGCGGCUGCCCCCCGAGGUGGCCAACUUCAUGCAGCUGGUGGAGCUCGACGUGUCCCGGAACGACAUCCCCGAGAUCCCUGAGAGCAUCAGGUUCUGCAAAGCCCUGGAGAUCGCCGACUUCAGCGGGAACCCCCUGUCCAGGCUCCCUGAAGGCUUCACGCAGCUGCGCAGCCUGGCUCACCUGGCCUUGAACGACGUGUCCCUGCAGGCGUUGCCUGGGGACGUGGGCAGCCUCGCCAACCUGGUGACUCUGGAGCUCAGGGAGAAUUUGCUCAAGUCCCUGCCCGCGUCCUUGUCAUUCCUGGUUAAGCUGGAGCAGCUGGAUCUGGGAGGCAACGACCUGGAAGUGCUGCCUGACACCCUGGGGGCUCUGCCGAGCCUGCGGGAGCUGUGGCUGGACCGAAACCAGAUGUCUGCACUGCCCCCGGAGCUGGGCAACCUGCGACGCCUGGUGUGUCUGGACGUGUCGGAGAACCGACUGGAGGAGCUGCCUGUGGAGCUGGGCGGACUGGUACUGCUCACUGACCUGCUGCUGUCCCAGAACCUGCUGCAGCGGCUGCCCGACGGCAUCGGUCAGCUGAAGCAGCUGUCCAUCCUGAAGGUGGACCAGAACCGGCUGUGUGAGGUGACCGAAGCCAUCGGGGACUGUGAGAACCUCUCUGAGCUGAUCCUCACGGAGAACCUGCUGACGGCCCUGCCUCGCUCUCUGGGGAAGCUGACCAAGCUGACUAACCUGAACGUGGACCGGAACCACCUCGAGGUGCUGCCGCCCGAGAUCGGGGGCUGUGUGGCCCUGAGCGUGCUGUCACUGAGGGACAACCGCCUGGCAGCCCUGCCCCCCGAGCUCGCGCACACGGCUGAACUCCACGUGCUGGACGUGGCGGGGAACCGGCUGCAGAGUCUGCCGUUCGCGCUCACGCACCUCAACCUCAAGGCUCUGUGGCUAGCCGAGAACCAGGCACAGCCCAUGCUGCGCUUCCAGACCGAGGACGACGCUCGCACUGGCGAGAAGGUGCUCACCUGCUACCUGCUGCCCCAGCAGCCCCUGCCCAGCCCUGAGGACCCCGAGCAGCAGGACAGCCCCGCGGAGAGUUGGAGUGAUGCCCCUCUGAGCCGCGUCAGUGUCAUCCAGUUCCUAGAAGCCCCCCUGGGUGACGAGGAUGCCGAGGACGCUGCUGCCGAGAAGCGGGGCCUGCAGCGUCGAGCCACCCCUCACCCCAGUGAGCUCAAGGCGAUGAAGAGGGGUAUCGAGGAACGCCGGGGGGAGGCUCGCUCUUGCCAGCCAGGCCCUGGGCCGCCCUCACCUUGCGAGGAGGGGAAGCGGCUGAGCGCCGAGUCCGGCCUGAGCGAAGACUCCCGCCCACCUCCCAGCACGGCCUCUGAGGGGGAGCCAGAGGACCCGUUGCCCGAGGUGCAGGAGCUGGCCCAGCCAGGAUCCGUGGUGGGCGGGUCGGAGGAGGACGUGGAGGACUAUGAGGAGCCUACAGUGCACUUCGCGGAGGACACGCCACUACCCAGGGAGGACGACGGGAGCGAGGAGGGGCAGCGGGAGGGGCCCUGGCCCUGGCUGGGCGGCAGACAGCGUCUCACCCGCAAAGACACGCCCCACUACAAGAAGCACUUCAAGGUCUCGAAGCUCCCACAGCCGGAGGCUGUCGUGGCCCUGCUGCAAGGGAUGCCGCCAGACCAGGGCUCUGCGGGGCCUGGGGGCUGGCACAACGGCCCUCACACGCCCUGGGCACCUCGGGCACCGGCAGAGGAGGAGGAAGCAGCAGGCAGGGCAGAGGAGGAGGGCGAGGCUACCCCUGAGGAGGAGGACGAAGAGGACGAGGCAGAGGACAAGGAAGCGGCCGCGGCUGCCCCGCCUUCUGUCAAGGGGGUGUCGUUCGACCAGGCCAACAACCUGCUGAUAGAGCCAGCGCGCGUAGAGGAGGAGGAGUUGACUCUCACCGUCCUGCGGCAGACAGGGGGCCUGGGCAUCAGCAUCGCUGGGGGCAAGGGCUCCACCCCGUACAAGGGCGACGAUGAGGGCGUGUUCAUCUCACGGGUGUCCGAGGAUGGCCCCGCUGCCCGGGCUGGAGUCCGAGUAGGUGACAAGCUGCUCGAGGUGAACGGCGUGGCCUUGCAGGAUGCAGAGCACCACGAGGCCGUGGAGGCGCUACGGGGGGCAGGCACCACUGUGCAGAUGCGGGUGUGGCGGGAGCGCAUGGUGGAGCCCGAGAACGCUGUCACCAUCACACCCCUGAGGCCUGAGGAUGAUUACAGCCCCCGGGAGUGGCAUAAUUCCAGCCCCCGGGAGUGGCGGGGGGGCAGCCUGCGCUUGCCCCUGCUGCAGCCAGAGGCCCCCGGGCCUGCCCGCCAGCGUCAUGCCGCCUGCCUGGUGCGCAGUGAGAAGGGACUGGGCUUCAGCAUUGCUGGUGGGAAAGGCUCCACGCCCUACCGCGCUGGGGACGGGGGCAUCUUCAUCUCCCGCAUCGCCGAGGGCGGUGCUGCCCAGCGGGCGGGCACUCUGCAAGUAGGCGACCGCGUGCUCUCGAUCAAUGGCGUCGACAUGACCGAGGCCAGGCACGACCACGCUGUCUCCCUGCUGACCGCUGCCUCCCCUACCAUCGCUCUGUUGCUGGAGCGGGAGGCUGGGGGGGGGUCCCUUCCCCCCAGCCCCCCGCCACACUCCUCUCCCCCGUCUGCUGCCGCUGCCUUGACCACUGUUGUUCCUGGCGAGCCGGGGCUGCCAAAGCCUGCCCCCAGCCUGCUGGCCACUGCCCUGGAGGGACCAUACCCAGUAGAGGAGAUCCGUCUGCCACGAGCUGGGGGCCCGCUAGGGCUGAGUGUCGUUGGGGGCUCCGACCACUCCAGCCACCCAUUCGGGAUUCAGGAACCCGGCGUGUUCAUCUCCAAGGUGCUCCCGCGCGGCCUAGCUGCACGCAGUGGCCUGCGGGUCGGGGACCGCAUCCUGGCCGUGAACGGGCAGGACGUGAGAGCUGCCACACACCAAGAGGCCGUCAGCGCUCUGUUGCGGCCCUGCCCGGAGCUGUCGCUGCUGGUGCGGAGGGACCCGCCACCCCCAGGCAUGCGGGAGGUCUGCAUCCAGAGGGCCCCCGGGGAGAGGCUGGGCCUCAGCAUCCGCGGGGGCGCCCAGGGCCGUGCAGGGAACCCCUGUGACCCCACGGACGAGGGCAUCUUCAUCUCCAAGGUGAGCCCCACGGGCGCGGCUGGGAGUGACGACGCGGGGCUACGGCUCCUGGAGGUGGACGAGCAGAGCCUGCUGGGCCUGACGCACGCCGAGGCCGUGCAGCUGCUGCGCAGUGGGGGUGACCGCCUCACCAUGCUCGUCUGCGACGGCUUCCACACCGAUGCCGGCACCACAGCCACCCUGCAGGUGUCCCCAGGUGUCAUUGCCAACCCCUUCGCGGCAGGCGCCGGCCCCCGGAACAGCCUGGAGAGUGUCUCCUCCACAGACCCGGAGUUGAGCCCUGAGGGCCCAGACAAGGAGGAGGAGCCUGGACAGACCUCACCCUGGGGGCCUGAGGCCCUGGAGCCCACAGGUCACAGCCUACAGCCCCUGAAGCUGGAUUACCGUGUCCUGGCAGCUGUGCCCAGUGCCAGCGGCCUGCAGAGGGCAUCCCCUGGGACAACUGGAGGGAAGAUGGCAGAAGUCCCCCGCCCUCCUGGUGGCCAGCAGCCGCCCUCCCCACCCUCCCCGGACGAGCUGCCGGCCAAUGUGAAGCAGGCCUACCGGGCCUUCGCCGCAGUGCCCAGCCCACACCCUCCUGAGGACGCCCCCACCCAGCCCGCGGGACCUGGGCCUGCCCCCUCCCCGGAGCAGCUGUCCUUCCGAGAGCGGCAGAAGUACUUCGAGCUGGAGGUGCGGGUGCCCCAGGCCGAGGGGCCCCCUAAGCGUGUGUCACUGGUGGGUGCUGACGACUUGCGGAAGAUGCAGGAGGAGGAAGCCCGCAAGCUGCAGCAGAGGAGAGCACAGAUGCUGCUGCAGGAGGAGGCCGCCGCGGGGCUCGCCCGGGACGGGGAGGCCCUGGACGAGGAAGAGCAGGACGACGAGCCGUCCUGGGCUGGCCCAGGCCCUGCUGCAGGGCCUGGCCCAGCAUCCCCUCCACUACCGGGAGGCAGUGCCCCGGUGCGGACCGCCAAGGCAGAGCGGCGCCAGCAGGAGCGGCUGCGCACGCAGAGCCCGGAGCCACCACUGCCGCCUCCGGAGCGGGCUCUGUCCCCUGCCGAGCGCCGGGCCCUGGAGGCUGAGAAGCGGGCUCUGUGGAGGGCGGCCAGGAUGAAGUCCCUGGAGCAGGACGCCCUCCGCGCACAGAUGGUCCUCUGCAAGUCCCAGGAGGGCCGUAGCAAGCGUGGGCCCCUGGAGCGGCUGGCCGAGACCCCUUCGCCCGCACCCACGCCGUCGCCCACCCCCUUGGAAGACCUCAGCCCACAGGCCAGCACCUCCUCUCCCGGACGCUUGCCCUUGUCUGGAAAGAAGUUUGACUACAGGGCGUUUGCAGCCCUCCCUUCUUCCAGACCUGUCUGUGACAUCCAGUCGCCCAACCUUGCAGAGGAGCUGCGGCCCUCGGAGCCGUCUCCCAUUCCCGGCCCACAGGAGGAGGACCGGGAGGUGGCCCUGGUGCUUUUGGGCAGGCCCUCGCCCAGCACGUUGGGCCCCGAAGAUGCAACGCUGUGCAGCAGCCGCCGUCCCAUGCGGCCUGGGCGCCGUGGCCUGGGGCCCGUGCCCUCCUAGAGGGGCAGGCACUUCCCUCCCCCCCAUGACUUGUAUGGGGGCCUUGCCAGCUCCAGCACCAGCCAAGCCCCGAUCUUUUAACCUGGGUGUUAGCAUUUUAAAGAGACCCCUCAGGAGCUCUGGCCUCACUAACUGCCCCUCCCCUGCAGGACUUCUUGGCGAGACUGUAACUAGUGAUGUUUGUACAACCAAAGACUCUAUUUUGUGGUUUAAGGAUAAUAAAAUUGACUACGUUUUA